CAAUGAUAUCAGUCCACAUACCGCGCAGGGAAGAGGGGCAGCAGUGAGGCGCUUUCAUAAAACCAGGCUGUCAGCACAGUGUGGAGCCACAGAGAGCUGCGCCACGGUGAGGCAGGGAACGGCAAGGUAGCACAGGGAGGACUGGGACCGAAUGCGGUCCCUGACACAGGACACUGCCGCAGACACUUUUCCACCAUUUUCCUAGACAAGCGGACGCUCGUAUCAACCUUCAUCUGAAGAGGAAAGAGGAGUUUGGCUCGCCUCUACAACAUUUCCGUCACUGUCGUGAAGAAAUUCUUGACAGGGGGACACGUUAACACCGCGGUCCGUAGCUGUCGAUAGCCAACCGAGUGUGAAUGUACAGCUCUCAGUUGGCAAACUGAUUAUCUCUUUUAAAGUAGUGACAGUUUUAAAGAGCCAGAGGGGUCUCCGUCAGCCUAAUUUCGGGUGAAACUGGGGAAGAAUCCGCCUGUCCGCCAUGGAGAACGCUCACACGAAGAGUGUGGAAGAAGUUUACAGUUAUUUCUGCGUCAAUGAGAGCACAGGACUUCCACUGGACGAGGUGAAACGACAGAAGGAGAAAUGGGGCCUAAACGAGUUACCAGCAGAGGAAGGGAAAUCUCUAUGGGAACUUGUCAUUGAACAGUUUGAAGAUUUACUUGUUCGGAUCCUUCUACUGGCUGCAUGCAUAUCUUUUGUCUUGGCCUGGUUUGAGGAGGGGGAAGAAACGAUCACAGCGUUUGUGGAGCCUUUUGUGAUUUUGCUUAUUCUCAUCGCCAACGCCAUCGUCGGGGUGUGGCAGGAACGCAAUGCUGAGGAUGCCAUCGAGGCUCUGAAGGAGUACGAGCCAGAGAUGGGGAAAGUGUACCGGCAGGACAGGAAAACUGUGCAACGGAUUAAAGCCAGAGAUAUUGUGCCUGGUGACAUUGUGGAGGUGGCUGUUGGAGACAAAGUGCCUGCUGACAUCCGCAUCUGUUCAAUCAAGUCAACAACUCUGAGGGUAGACCAGUCCAUCCUGACAGGUGAAUCUGUGUCUGUCAUCAAACACACCGACCCUGUGCCCGACCCACGAGCUGUCAAUCAAGACAAGAAGAACAUGCUUUUCUCUGGUACCAACAUUGCAGCAGGGAAGGCUGUGGGAGUUGUUGUCGCUACUGGCGUUAACACAGAGAUCGGUAAGAUUCGUGAUGAAAUGGCGGCCACGGAGCAGGAGAAGACACCCCUGCAGCAGAAGUUGGAUGAAUUUGGCCAGCAGCUGUCCAAAGUCAUUUCCAUUAUCUGCAUUGCUGUGUGGAUCAUCAACAUUGGGCACUUCAACGACCCUGUCCAUGGAGGCUCCUGGAUCCGUGGAGCAGUUUACUACUUCAAGAUUGCCGUAGCGUUGGCUGUAGCUGCCAUCCCUGAAGGUCUUCCUGCUGUAAUCACCACCUGCCUGGCCCUGGGCACUCGUCGAAUGGCCAAGAAGAACGCUAUUGUCCGCAGCCUGCCCUCUGUUGAGACCCUGGGCUGCACCUCUGUCAUCUGCUCAGACAAAACCGGUACCCUGACCACCAACCAGAUGUCCGUCUGCAGAAUGUUCAUUAUCAACAAAACUGAAGGUGACAGCUGCUCUCUGUCAGAGUUCAACAUCACAGGUUCUACCUACGCUCCAGAGGGAGAAGUGUACCAUGAUGGAAAACCAGUGAAAUCCUCCCAGUAUGAUGCUUUAGUUGAGCUGGCCACCAUCUGUGCUCUGUGUAAUGACUCCUCUCUGGACUUCAAUGAGGUGAAGGGUGUGUAUGAGAAGGUCGGCGAAGCCACAGAGACGGCGCUGACUUGUCUGGUAGAGAAGAUGAAUGUCUUUGACACCGAGGUCCACAGCCUGUCUAAGAUUGACAGAGCCAACGCCUGCAACUCGGUGAUCAAACAGCUGAUGAAAAAGGAGUGCACCCUGGAGUUCUCCAGAGACAGGAAGUCCAUGUCUGUUUACUGCACACCUAACAAGUCCCGCUCUUCCAUGGGCAAAAUGUUUGUUAAGGGGGCCCCAGAGGGCGUCAUUGACAGAUGCUCUCAUGCCAGAGUGGGCAACAGCAAAGUUCCACUCAGCCCAGGCAUCAAGGAAAAAAUCCUGUCUGUUAUCCGUGAGUAUGGGACAGGUCGGGACACUCUACGGUGCUUAGCUUUGGCCACACGAGACAACCCACCCAAAAUGGAGGACAUGGUUUUUUCUGACACGGCCAAGUUCUCGGAGUAUGAGUCUGACCUCACUUUCGUCGGCUGCGUUGGCAUGCUGGACCCUCCCAGGCAGGAGGUGGCAGCUUCCAUCAAGCUGUGCCGCCAGGCUGGCAUCCGCGUCAUCAUGAUCACAGGGGACAACAAGGGCACAGCUGUGGCCAUCUGCCGUCGCAUCGGCAUCCUGACCGAGGAGGACGAUGUUGAGCGCAAGGCCUUCACCGGCCGUGAGUUUGACGAACUGACACCCUACGCCCAGCGGGAGGCGGUGACUCACGCACGCUGUUUCGCCCGUGUCGAGCCCUCUCACAAGUCCAAGAUCGUCGAGUUCCUGCAAGGAUUUGAUGAAAUUACAGCUAUGACGGGAGAUGGAGUGAACGAUGCACCUGCUCUAAAGAAGGCAGAGAUCGGCAUCGCUAUGGGCUCUGGCACUGCUGUGGCCAAGUCAGCCUCGGAGAUGGUCCUCGCCGAUGACAACUUCUCUUCCAUAGUGGCUGCUGUCGAAGAGGGCAGAGCCAUUUACAAUAAUAUGAAGCAGUUCAUCAGAUACCUUAUCUCCUCUAAUGUGGGUGAGGUUGUUUGCAUCUUCCUUACUGCGGCUCUGGGCUUCCCUGAGGCUUUGAUCCCAGUUCAGUUGCUUUGGGUCAAUCUGGUGACAGAUGGGCUUCCUGCCACCGCCCUCGGCUUCAACCCCCCAGAUCUGGACAUCAUGGAAAAGCCACCUCGCAAUGCUAAGGAGCCUCUGAUCUCUGGCUGGCUCUUCUUCAGAUACCUGGCAAUUGGAGGUUAUGUGGGUGCUGCCACUGUGGGAGCUGCUGCCUGGUGGUUUACUGUCUCUGAGGAUGGACCACAGCUCACUCUGUACCAGCUGAGCCACUUCCUCCAGUGCGGACCAGAUAACCCAGACUUUGACGGUUUGGACUGCCACGUGUUUGAGUCACCCUACCCAAUGACCAUGGCCCUCUCUGUGCUUGUCACAAUUGAGAUGUGCAAUGCGCUGAACAGUCUGUCGGAGAACCAGUCCCUGCUGCGGAUGCCUCCCUGGGAGAACAUCUGGCUGCUGGGAGCCAUCUGCCUCUCCAUGUCUCUCCACUUCCUCAUCCUCUACGUGGAGCCUUUACCUGUCAUCUUCCAGAUCACCCCUCUGGAUACAACCCAGUGGAUGAUGGUGCUGAAGAUUUCCCUGCCUGUCAUCCUGCUGGACGAGGCGCUAAAGUUUUUGGCCAGGAACUACUUGGAACUUGGUAAUCAGCUGGAGAAGCCGACCAGCAAAGGCGGCUCCCUGUCUGCAUGCGCCGAGGGCAUCUCCUGGCCGUUCGUGGCCAUCACCUUGCCCCUGGUGCUGUGGAUCUACAGCACCGACACUAACGUGUCUGCCAUUUUGUGGCCCUGACUGACUCCAGUACACGACCCUCCCUGUGCACCAGUGUGAAGUGGACAUUAACACACACAUCUAACACGAAUACAUUAACACGGAAUAAUUUGCCAUCAACACUGAUAACCACUGUCAGAUCUAUUGUAUUUACAUUUUCACUGAUUUAAUAUUUUUGGGUUUGGGGUGGUGGGGGUCAUUUAGUCAUAUUUUAAUGACUGGUAUUACAUCUAAGUUACAUUAUUUUAUCAUCACGCCUCUCUCCAGUUUGACCCAUUGUGAAUAGCUAGUGAUAUGGAGAUGUGUGUUUAGCUGUACAGAGAAUUUACACUAUUUUAUGAUAUUAAUAUUUUAUCAUUUUGGGGAGGGGGCUAUGGGUAAAAGAGUGCUCAAUGUGAACAGGAUAUAGUUCUGAUGACCGAACAGUACAAUACUAAUCUGAGGGCAGAGACUUGAUGACAAACUUGGUUUGUCCUGAAAUGAAUCUGUAGUUAUUUUUGAGCUCCAUGCAUCUUCACUGAUAAUUUUGUUUCUGCAUUAGGCAGAGCACAGCUACCUCAGUGCUGUUAGUAUCACCCAUCUGUCUGAACACUAUUUGGUAGAUCACAAUUCAAAGUGUUGAGGUAAGCUCCAAUUUGUUUUACAGUAUAUACAAGCUCUCACACACUGAGUUUUUAAUUUUCUUUUCCUCUGUUAUUUGAGGGAAGAGAGGACAAAGACUUAUUACCUGUUUGAUCCAGAGCAAUUUUUGAUACAGCCUGUUAAAUAUAUGUACUUGAAAAGAACACAUUUGUUUUAAGUUCGGUUAUUUUUCGGAUUCAGUGUCAGAUCUUUUUCUUAAUUUUACAUCUUAAAAACAGCAAUCUUUGUAAUGUAUGUAAAAUGUGCACAUACUGUACUUGAAUAUGUUUAAAAAAAGCACCAAGAAGCUGUUAGUCUUAUCAGCUGAGCACAACAUUAACAGUUAAACAGGACUCUUGAGGCUAAAACAGCUGGUUAUCAAAUGAGUUUGUAUAUCUGUACAUAGCACACAAAGUAGAGUCAAUGUAAACUUUAUUUGUUGCUAUCAUAAUGCUCUAUACAUUUACACUAGUUUACUAAAGCGUGGUCUUAGCCUUUCUGGAUACCUGCUUCAACAAUGCCAGGCCAGUGAAUACCGUACAUUUCAUUUUUUUUAGUUAAAAAGCUAACUGUUGUCUCUUCCUUUGCCUUCCACAUGUUUACCUUCAGAGUGAGUACACUUUGAACUGCAUGCCAACUACCAGCACGCUCUCAUCUUCAUGUGGUUGUGCAGCUUUGCACUGUCGACAACUCCUUAUAUUUAUAUUAAGGUUUAAGAGAAAAACUUUAUGGUACAGGAAUGAAUGGUAAGAUUUAGUUGUGAAAUGCCUUCAAGUGCCGCCAAGUGCCAUUUUCACACUGACUAGAAGUAGGAACUAUUUGUGUUUUCUUGAAGCUAAAUGUCACAGGUGCUGGUUAGUUUUUUUUUUCAUUAUUAUUAUUGUAGACUUGCAGUUUCUGACAUCUGUCAGAGAAAAUGAUAUUAAAAUGCCCACAACCCAUUACAAAACAGAGCCUGUAUUAGAGCUACAUUAGUCUUUUAUCCUAAUCUGCUGCUUCUCCAUAGCAUGGCCUUUUAUUGCUUCAGUUAGAAGAUUUUGAAUUACUUACUUAUCAGAUGGUACUUUAGUGUGUUGCUUCUGAUAUUCACUUUGUUUGUUUGCUCCUCUCUCUUUUUUUUUCUUGCAGCAAAGGCCAAGUAAGCCCAUCUCUCCUCUAAAUUUCUUCCAGAAACUUUGGGUUUUGUUUUGUGGUGUGCAUGUGUGUUUUGGGCAGCACAUCUUACAAGAGCUGCAUGCUACGAUGUGAUACGAUGACAUGGGCUCAUUUAGCUCAUACAUUAUUGUAGAAUGGCCAUAAAUGAAUGUCUGAUGGAAACAGCCAGUCUCACCUCAUCAGUCUUUCCAUCCUCCUGCAUGAAGAGCCUCAGAUGAAACAAGUCUCAUGCCGUCUACGUAGGCUAAGAUCGAAGUACAGCGUACUGUCUGUUGUACAUGAUUCCAUGUUGCAUGUCCACUUAGUCAGCCAUCUGUUUUACCAGACUUCUCUAAUCCUCAGUGUAUAGUACUGGUAAAUAGUAGAUUAGACAUUGGUCAAAUAGUAAAAAUAAGCUCAAAAACAGUUCAUUUUUCCUAAGGAAAUACUUUUAUGGGAUAUUUAAAAACCUAACUUGUUUUUUUUUUCUUCUUUUUUAUUUUAUUUUUUUUAUUUUGGCUUUGCACUGAGAUGUGCAACAUGUUUGGAAAAGAUUUAGCCAUGUCUGGAAAGGCGGACAUGCAGUGAUGAGUUUGCUUUACUAUAAGAUUGGCAGGCAGUCUUUCCACUGGCAUUUCUUUUGCCAAACUGCUGUACUGUAUUUUCGGAUGAUUGUACAAUGUAUCACAUGAACCAUUUCAGGUAAAUAAAACUGUCAUACAUGAAGAGUUUA